AUGAUUAAUCAAAUAAAUACAUGUCAGAGUAAAUCCACGGCUAAUGGCCACAUAGCGAAUUCCGUUCAAAACAAGACUGAAAAGUCUCCAGCUAAACAGCAGAAGAAGUCCCCAGCUAAAGAAACUGCUGAGCCUCAAGUCAAGAAGCAAGAGAUCAAGAAGGAGACUGAGAAGAACAAGAAGAAUGAAGUUAAAUCCAAGGAAGCUGUUGUGGAAGUUAAAAGCAAGAAGAGCAAGUCAAAAGUUGUCCACGAGAAACCAGUUGAUUAUGAUGAUGGUAACUGGGAGAAGGUGAUGACCAAAGCUGACAAGAAGAAGAAGCAGGAUGGCAGCCCAGCCAAGAAGGACAAGAAGAAGCCAGCUGAGAAAUCAUCAGUGGAAAUUGAAAAAUACACCAAGGAAAUGGUUAACAAGGAGGUGAAGGAGAAGGAGAUCAAGAAGCAGGUUGAGACAAAACCAGAGCCAGCCCCAGUAAUUGAUGAGGUCAUCGAAGUGGUUGAGAAGAAAGAGAAGGUUGUGAAGAAGGAGAAAAAAGUAGAAAGUAAACCAAUUGUUGAACCAGUUGUGGAGCAAAUAGCUGAGGCUAUGAAUGAGCAGCCAGCUGAGAAAGUUGAGGGAACCGUCGUCAUCGACGAAUUAGGAGAUGUGUGGACAGAGGCCAAGGUGCCCAAGAAAGGUAAGAAAAAAGCGCGUAGAGACAAUUAAGCACAAGUCCAUCCAAUUUGUGUUAGGUAUGUGAUUGCAAUCAAGCACUUGAGACAGGAUCUCAGCAAAAAAAAAAUAUAUGAUAAAGACUUAAGUAGCUUAUAUACAUAUAUAUAUAUAUAUAAAAUAAGACAAGACAG